AUGUUUCCGAGUUACUUGUUAGAAUUGAAACUGCAGGACGAGAGGUUCAAACGCGCCUCGGCAAUGUCAGACUCGCCGAACUGGUUGGUUUGGAGCCUGGGCGAGUACGGCCGCGUGAUCCAUCCUCCGCUGGUGCUCCUUCUGUGCAUCUCCGGCGCCCUCGGGCACCUCGUCACAAUCACGACGCUUUCGUCGAUGCUCAACCCCACCAACAUGUUCCUAAUUUCCAUGUCCUGGUCAGUUUGUUUUUUUUUUUGAGAAAGCGUGAGGCAUUCCACAGUUAUAUUCCUUCUGUAGAUUGGCUUUUUUGUGUCUUUCAACGUUUUCAGGAAAACAGAACAUUGUUUGAUUUAGUCGCAGUCCAAAUACAUAAAUCCCAAGAAAAGGUCAAGAUUAUUACACUAAAACUGGAUAGCUGACUGGUUUUUGAUCUGUUUGCCGAAAAAAGGGCUGAAAUUUAUUUGAGCUCGGAGUUAUGUUUGCAAUGAAUUAUUCACAUGCAUCCAUGUCUGGUAUCGGAUUUCUCACCGUUUUCACCUUGGAAAAUUGCUUAAAACCGACACAGCGGUUAUUGAAAAGAGAAGUGGUCCAAUCAAAUUUCCCGAGUUAGAAUGUCCCUUUGGAGGGCAGAAAAAGCAGCCGUUUGGAAUAUUAUUGGAUUAAGAGCGGCAAUGAGGGCCUCAAUUCAGUUACACGCGUUCAAAAAAUCUAUUCGCUCAGAAAAUUAUGCUUUGAAAAGGAUUUUGUGCAAAAGAUCAAAGAAAAAACUUCAAUUACUUUUUUUUUUGGUUUCGUAUCUAUGAGAAAAAAAAUGCUCGCACUAAUCUUAUCAUGAUUCUCAGCAGCGACGGUGGAUCUCUGGAAAAAAAGUGCUGGAAACGCGUGAAACAAGCGAUUUUUCACUAACUUUUCCAGGUAUCAAGGAAAUUUCGCGUGCAAGACGCAAGAACGUCCGGUCGUAGACUUCCUCGUAGCUCAUCCGAGUAGAAACAAAAUGCACACACGAGUCCAGAGACAGCCGUUUAUAUUCCACCCCAUUUGCCUUUUUUUUUCCUUCCAAUGGCUUGAGAAGCAGCCGAUUUGGCACGGUCGGUUGCAGAUGGACCCACGACAAAGAACCUCGGCGACUUUUUGUUUUGGCAAAAGUCGGUAAACUGUCCCGAGAACGGCUUUUAAACAACAUUUUAACGUUCUCUCAGGCAGAAAAAAAAGCUUUCUUUUCGAUUUGAACACUGAACGGGAACUCCCUCGUAGAUCAUAGGUCCAUAAUCCAAUUCAAACAUCAACAAAGGCUAAAAAAAAAAGUAAACAAGACUUUUUAAGGCUUCCAACAAACAACAAAAAUUAGUAUACACGGAUUUAUUUGCAAUCGCUAAGCCUUAAUUUCACGAUCAAUUAACAGCAACAAAGACCCAGUAUAUUUUUUUGGAAUAGAAAAAAACGCUAAAUUUAAUCACACAGAAAUUUUUUACAAUAAUUGUUACGAGGCUAUUUGAAGUCUUUUUUUUCCAAAAUUUUUAUCUUUUCAUAGAAUGGAAUUCACAUUUAUGAUAUGUGCAUAGUUCAAUGAGAAACCUGACACUUUCCAUUUUCAGCUUUCUUUUCGAACCUUUGUUACCAAACAAAAGUUCAUCGAAAAAAAAAACUCAGACAAGAGCUCAAAGCGCUUUCCAAGUCGCCUUAUUCUUUAUUCUCUACAGCUAAGGGUUUUCUCACAUAGAAAAAGCAGUUUCUGCGCUUUUUGUCUUCUUUUUGUGUGGAAAAAGGCGACGAGACCUUUAGACGUGCUCCUCUCGAAAAGAGCAUCUCGUGGCUCUUCUCUAUGGCCUCCAGAAUGAAAUAUUUUGACUCCAUUUUUCAUUUUUUGAUCCGAAGAAAGGCAAUAAAUAACUUUUGCGAAAAGAUAUUGAGAAAAAAUAGCCGCGCAAUCAUCGGUUCAAAUCUCGUUUUAUUUUCCCCCUGCCGACCAUUGUUUUCCUUUCGGUCGUACUUAUCUCGGAAGAAUUAUAGAGCUUCUUUUCGAUUCCAGCAAAGUGCUUCUUAUAAAUUUGUCGCUUUGGCUGCGACCAGGAUUAACCAAGUUAAAUAUUUUAACAGAAGUCUUCGGACAUAGGUGAAUGAUGUUCAUUACAGUUUUAUCAGGCUGGAAAAAAAAACGAUGAGCCAUUUCAAAAGAAAGUAGCGAGGGUUCAGGGUGACGAUUUGAGAAGAACCGGUCGGUUCUAAGUAUACUAGACCUUCAAAGAUACACCGAAAAGACAGAGAGUCUUCUUUUUGGUUCUGCGGCUUUGAAGGCAGUUCAGACACUCCAUCGGGGUCAAAGUAGUGUGGACUUUUUUUUUCAAUUUAAUCCGAUCACUCUCUCACCAGAGAUAUCAUCCCUCUGGUGCGCUAUUCUCCACUUUUAUUUGUUUUUUAAAUUGAGACAUGAACACUGUCAAACUCUGGUGCUGUUAUUUGGCGUGAACCCAACAAAAAAAAAAUUUGAAACGUUUUAUUCGAUGAUUUGGCAUGUUUGUAGUCUUUAAAGCUCCGGCCACCGUCAGGAAAGCGUUGGAACCUUUUAGGGUACUGAUUUAACGAACAAAGCACAAAAUCUGAACAUUUUGAAAAUAGAGCCAAACUUGUGUCAUUCGAAAAUUCAUACCGAAAAUGCGACCACAGACGCAAUUUUUCGCUCUUUCUUUUCUAACAAAUGUUUCUUGUGCAAAUACAGAGUUGAUAUAGCUGAGUUAAAUAUCAAACGAUGCAAAAGAAAACGCUUUUUCCAUGAAAAAAAAACUUUUCCUGAAAAUGUUAUUUUAUCAGAAAAUUACCAACGAACUAACAAAUGACGUUAUUUUUUAUCAACCAAAUAGAACACAUUUUUUUGAAAGAUAGGAUAUCAGAAAUAUGGAAGAAAUGAAGGAAACGGAGUUUCAGCAGUCAACUGGCGCUGUGCGUCAACUUUCUCUAUUCAACGUUCUUCAAGUGGGUAUCGGACGAGCUGUGUCAGCCGCUGUUCUUCUCCUACCACAUGGCCAAGACGAUGCACGUCUCCGUCACGCUCUCUGUCCUCGUCCACAUGUCUGGGGUAGGGCCAGAUUUUUCACUUUUGAAUGAGCUCGGAACUCCAAAUUUAGAGUAAACGAGUAAGGAACGCCAACUCCUUUGUAUCUGUAUUGAAAUAAAACUGCUUCUAGUGGUUCUUGCUCUGGGUGGAAACCUGAAAAUGGAGAAUCCAUAAAUGUCUUUUGUUUUUGUUUUCUCGCAUCAAAGACAGCCUUUCGAGUUUCAACCUUUUUUUCUAUUGUUCAAAUGUCUGGCAAAACUUUUAUAAAAAAAAACUUUGAAAAAUAUCAGAUUUUAGUCUGUGAAAGAUGAGUCAAAUUCGGUACCAUGAGAGGGAUACUUACGGAAUUAUCUCUCACAACCAACAGAAUAAAUGAAUCUGCAGGUGUUCCACGUGGUGGCCAUUUCGGUCAUCCGUUUCCGGUCGCUCACGCAGCUCGCCAGCGUCAACUCAAACGUGCCCUGGUUUACUUAUCAGGUAACCUCAUGACCAGCAAAAAAGAUUUUUCGAAGCUAUUCUUUCAUAAUGAAAUUUUUCAGAAGUGUCGAUUUUCGAUAGCAGGGAUAUAUGCUUUGGUUUUACUGCUUGGCAUUCCAUUGUAUUUCACUUCAGAAGUCAGACAAGUGAGUCGUAGCUUAAAUAGUAUCCAUUGUGGCAAAUAAAAUGAGAUUUUUGAAACAAUUCGGAGCCCACCACGGUCAUAAGAGACUUGGCGCCAUUAAAAAACCCUUUUCCCGAAGUUCCUAAUUGCGACUUUGACAACUUUUGCCUCCAGACUCAAUCAAAGAGAAGCUCCUCAUUAGAAAAGUUCUUUCAGAACAACCUAAAUAGGCGAGUACAGGAAAUUCUGAAUUGGGUUAUUACUAAUUUUCUUUGCUUCUAGGUAUCUCACUAAUUGCCAUUUUUAAUGAAUUGGAUACUUACAGAAAACCCAAUUAAGAUCAAUUGGCGUUUUUCAAAAACUGUUUUUUUGAACACCGCAUUCAAAAGCAUGAGAUAUUUAUGAAAACGUGUAGAAAAUAAAAUAGUAUAAACUAAGCUGAAAUCCCUUCAAAUCACUUCAAAAUUGAAUCUUUCUAUUUCUCUAAACUUUUUUGAACCACAUUGAAUGAUAUCUAGGUUCCUGAAAACGAAGGCUGCGCCGUCCGGUUUCCCUCUCUCAAGAAUCGGACCUCAUAUCAACUGGCCUUCUCUUCGUUCCCCUACUUGCAGACUCUCAACUUCUGGCUUUUUCAUCUUUGCUCCAAGAUCAUCCCAUCCGUAAGGAACUUUCACACACGAUUCCUUCAAGCUUAAAACAGUCAUUUUGGAGACGAAUUCGAGUGUAACCCCCAUAGAACCUCACUAUGAUCAUAGUCUGCUUUUAAAUCAGAGCCGUAAUACCAAAUGUUGGUUUUCCUUUGAUUAACAAUAACUUUAGCUUAUCUACGAACAUAACUAAGAAAAAUUCGAUAACGCCUAAAGAAGAAAAAAUUCUGAGCAAAACCCGAAAAACCAAACGAGUCGAUUUCUCCGAUAUUUAAAUGAGACAGAGAUUUUUAGGUCAUUCUUUGCGUGAUGACGUUUUUAAUUCUGGACCAACUGAAAAAGAUCCGACUUUUGAGUGCUCGUUUCGCUAGCGUCGAGCGCGAUAAGCAGUACAACCGGACAACCAAGAUCAUAUUGGUAGGGCUUUUCUCUACUUACAAUCAUGAGUCACAACUUACAGAUAAUCAUGUUCAUUUUCAUCGUCGUCGAGCUGCCCCAAGGCGUUUUGGCGGUUUUGUCCACAAUGACGACGAUCCACCUUCUCAGCGAGUUGGGUAAGACGCCGUCGCAUUGUGAGAGAAGCUUCUCAAUCGUUCGCAGGUGACCUGACAGAGAUGAUGACGUUGCUCACGUCGUGCAUCAUCUUCGGACUGUUUUGCUCGAUGAACGGCCGCAUCAGAAGCGCCUUCCGAGAGGCACCGUGCAUCCGCUCCACGUGUUGGUUCCUGUCGCCAAUUUGUCCGUCCCAAAGGUUCGUUUCAAAUAUGUUAAUAUUGUUUUCUUUUCAAACUGCUAUUUUCCAUGAGCUUCUUCUAUUUUAAUUUCAGACCUGCUAGAGCAUCUUCGGCUCGCGAUCGCCUCAUUGAACGUCACACGAUAAUCAUUGCCAAUUGCUCAGUUGAUAAAGGAGCUGCCUUAUAA